AUGUUCACGCUGUACGGAGCUCUGGCGUUGAUGUCGCAAGUGCUGGUGACCUCCAGUUUCUUUCAGUACGAGAACGAGACAGAGACUGAUAACACGCAGGAGAGUAAUACAAUGACAGAUGCACUGGACGAUGAUCAAUUAGAGGAUAAAGUCAGCCAGAAGGUCAAGUCCGAGCCAUUACCAAAU